UAAAAAUACAUAUUAUAAAAAAGAGCAUUGUGUAAGAAAACAUGUAUUCAUUCUAAUGUUGAUUAAAGCAUAAUGUCCGAGUGGGACUACUACAUUACAGUCCUAUAUACGUCAGUGCUGGUGUGUGACACUGAGGUGUUUGUGCUGCAGGAGAAACAUGGCGGUGCAGACACCAGGUGUCCUCUGAUGGUGAAGAUCCUGGACGCUGUGAAAGGGACUGCGGCCGGAUCGGUGACACUCAGGCUGUCUCAGAAGACUGCUGAUGGGGGAUGGACACAGAUCGCUAAUGGAAUAACAGACGCCACUGGAGAGGUCCAUAACCUCAUCACAGAGCAGCAGUUCCCAGCAGGAGUGUAUCGGGUCGAGUUUGAUACCAAAACUUACUGGAAGAAUGAGGGCAGCACGCCAUUCCAUGAAGUAGCUGAGGUGGUGUUUGAGGCCCAUGCCGGAGGUCAUCAUCACUACACCUUGGCCUUGCUGCUCAGUCCGUACUCAUACACCACCACAGCCCUGGUCACCGAUGCACACUAGUGAAAAACAUCCUAGAGUGAAGGCUGCAGAUCAGACCUUGUGUUGAUCCAAACCAACGAUAAAUGUAUCCACUAUCAAUGACUCUGUGUGUAUCACAGCCUGACGUUUCAUCUUCGUCUG